GAUUAUCUAAUGACAUGCAGGUUAUAUGCCUUCGGAUCUGUACAAUUUAAACUCAGCAUAUGGUUCUGAGGAGGAACUUAAACACUGCAUUGAAGAAAUGCAUUCUCAAGACCUUUUGGCCUUGGGAGAUGUUGUGCUGAAUCAUCGGUGUGCACAUAAACAGAGCCCAAAUGGUGUUUGGAACAUUUUUGGUGGCAAGCUUUCUUGGGGUCCUGAGGCAAUUGUUUGCGAUGAUCCAAAUUUUCAGGGUCGUGGAAACCCUUCUAGUGGUGAUAUAUUCCAUGCUGCACCAAACAUCGAUCAUUCCCAGGAGUUUGUAAGAAAAGAUAUAAAAGAGUGGUUAAAUUGGCUUCGAAAUUACAUUGGUUAUGAUGGGUGGCGCCUCGACUUUGUGAGGGGCUUCUCAGGUUCUUAUGUAAAAGAAUAUAUUGAAGCUUCAAAUCCUGCAUUUGCUAUUGGAGAAUAUUGGGAUAGUUUAGGUUAUGAGCAUGGCGACUUGUGUAACAAUCAAGGUAAGAACUUAAGGCCCGAAAGAAAGUCUUCACUUAAGGAUUUUAGCUGUUAUGUUUGGAUAAUGUUGAGAGAUCUGUGUGCAUUCACGUACAGUUUAUUUACCUGCUACCUCACUGUUUUCAGGGUGGCGUUUUUUAUGUCUGGAGACUUUUUUGGCUACCCAAGAUGGGUUAAGAUUUUGAUCUUGCUCUACCAAUACGUACGUGGACCUAGAAUUAUUUUACAAAACAAUGAGUUAGAAAUUGAAGCAAGGGAACCUGAAUCAUGUUAUUUAUGUCAUGCACUAUUUGUUAGGCAGCUAGAAAAGAUCAGUUUACUUUAUAUAAGAUACACUCUUUUAUUUAUUUAUUUACUUUUGUGGAUGUGGGGAUGGAACACUCAAAUUAUAAAUGCUCAUAGGCAAAGGAUAGUCAAUUGGAUCAAUGCCACAGGGGGUACUUCAUCAGCAUUUGAUGUCACAACAAAGGGAAUCCUCCACUCUGCUCUGCAUAAUCAAUACUGGAGAUUGAUAGAUCCUCAAGGCAAACCAACUGGAGUUAUGGGAUGGUGGCCUUCGCGUGCUGUCACAUUUCUAGAGAACCAUGAUACAGGAUCAACACAGGGUCACUGGCCAUUUCCACGAGAUAAGCUUGCACAGGGAUAUGCCUAUAUUCUGACCCAUCCUGGAACAAUAAGUUCUUUGCCACUCAAUUGCUUGAGUCUAGCCUUCAUUCCAUUAAAGCUUCCAUAA